AUGGGGAGUGACGAAGACAGGAAAGAUCGAAAACGAAAGAAUGACGAAUCCACCACAUCUUCCGAAGAAGUAGCCAAGAAGCGUCGUAGCCGAGACGAUUCCGAUGAGGAAGAUGAUAAGGACCGCAAGAGGAGCCGAAAAAAAUCCUCCAAGAGGCGCGACGACGAAAGCUCGGAUAGUGAAGACGACAACCGAAGAUCCAAAAGCAAGAAGAGAUCCAAAAAGAAGAGCAGUCGGAAACGCUCUAAACGCAAGGAUAGUGACGACGAUGACGGCAGUUCCUCCAGUUUCGACGACGAUCGCCGCCGCCGAAGUAAACGAGACAGGAAAAAGAAAAAGAAGAAACGAAAAAAGAGCGGUAGCAAACGCAGAAGAAAAGACGAUUCUGACGACGAGAGCAGCAGUGAUGAGAGCAAGACGAGGCGGAGUGCCAUUUCAGGCAAAAAGAUCAAGAUGAAGAUUGAAAAAGACGCCGAGGAUUUGGCCAAUGAACGAGCCAGGAAGGAACUCUUGCAAUUCAUGAACAGUUCUUUCAAAUGA